AUGGAUGCAGCUAUGAAGCCGCCAGGUUUGCUUCAGGGAAAAUUUAUUUUUAAGAAGCUUCCCAAUGGAAACAUCGACAAAACUAAGGUUGUUUGCACCUUAUGCAAUGCGGAAUUAGUUUACUGUAGGAGUUCUUCCAGUCUCAAGUACCACCUAAACGCAAAGCAUCCCUUAGCUAAUGCGGUUGAUGCCGGGCCAAGCACUGAUGUAGCGCAGGGGAAGAGUCGUCGUCAAACUACUUUGUUUGAGUGCAACCGAGGCAAGCCCGUCAGCACAGCUCUAUCAGCCAAGCUAACUAAUCUCCUCGCUCAGUGGAUUGCCACCAGCUGCUGGCCCAUCAGCGUGGUUGAAGAUGAUGGGCUCGAGCUUGUUCUCCAGACGGCCACAAGUGACCCAUCUUACAAACUACCUGCGAGGCGAACUAUCAUGAGGAGAAUACAUGACCAGCACGCCACAGAGAAAGCCGCAAAAGAUGAGAAGAUGGUAGAGGCGAGGUCUGUAGCACUGACUGGGGACCAUUGGACAUCUGUCAACAACGAUAACUACCUCGGCGUUACUGUACACAUCAUCGAUGCCAGCUGGGAACUUCAUUCCUUCGCUUUAGGUGUGAUUAAAACAGAGACGCGUCACUUUGCAGAAGCGUGUGCCAGGCAGUUUCUCGACGUCGCUAAUCAGUGGGGGAUAGCUGACAAAAUCAGCACUCUUGGAACAGACAGCGCUCCUAAUAUGGUGGCAGCAGGGAGGAUACUGCCAUUCGAGCAUUUGCCCUGUGUUGCGCAUGUUGUACAGAGAGCUAUUGUAAUGUCACUUCGGGAAGGUGGUUUUGAUGGUGCACUGGCCAAGUGCCGUAAAGUGGUCGGACAUUUCAAACAUAGUCCGGCCAACUCAGACGAGCUGAAUGUCCAGCAAGCCUCCCUUGGACAAGUUCAGGAGCAACUCGUGCAAGAUGUUCCAACACGGUGGAAUUCCACCCUUGAGAUGAUCAAGCGCGUGAUGCACAACAGAGACGCACUGCACACAACGCUGUCUCAGCAGAAGCACAAUCUGGCCCUCCCAACAAAUGCUGAAUAUGAGAAGUUGGCAAAGCUAGAGAAACUGCUGGAGCCAUGCAGGUACAUUACUGAGCUCCUUGGUGGGGAUAAAUAUGUAUCCUGCUCUGUGGUUCUACCUGCCCUGUGCCACCUCCAGCACGCGAUGAAGAUCUCAGAUGAUGAUCCUGCCUAUAUUGUGCGAUUCAAGGCUGCCUUCACCAAGGACCUUAACCAGCGGAGCGAGAAAAUAAACCUGGAAUGGCUUAAGGUGGCGACUGCUCUAGAUCCACGAUUUAAGGACCUCAAGUGCUUGCCCAGAGCAGAGAGAGAAUCAGUGUGGGCAAAGCUAAGUGAGUUGGUGAAGGGAGAAAAACCUGCUCUGCAGCCACUCUGGGAGGAGAACCCUGAGCCACCCAAGAAGAAAACAGCCCUGCUACUGAUGGGAUCAGACUCAGAAUCAGAUGAGGAGACACCAGAAGACAAUACUGUGGAGAGGUACAAGGCAGAGCCCAGUGCCAGUCUAGAUCAGUGUCAACUGAAGUGGUGGUCGGAGCACACUGCUGUCUAUGGUAAGAUGGCCCACAUUGCCCGUAAAUACUUGGGGACUCCUGCCACAACUGUCCCAUGCGAGAGACUUUUUUCUUUAGCAGGCCAUAUUGUGCAGAAGAGGAGAUCUAGUUUGUCACCAGGAAAUGUGAACAAGCUGGUCUGCCUGAGUGACUGGUGGAAGAAGGAGAAAUAG